CCUCAGUGUAUCGCGGGCGGUCGCGGGGUGCGCACGUAUGUCGGCUCGCGCUUUCUGGCAAAAAGUUCGGAAACUUUUUCACGACGUCAUCGGGUGUGCUUUUUGUUGACUGUGCUCUGUUAAUGAGAAAAGUUGAUGGAUUUUAAACAUUGUGUUUUCGGAUGAAACUACUGUUUAAGCUGGUCGGCAUGAGUUGGAGGCAACCUUGAGGGAUGCAUGAUGAGCGGAAGACGCGGGCCCUACCGGAGUGUCGCCAUCGGGCUUAUCCAGAUUAUUACAAUUAUAUGUCAAGUGUUGACAGAGGACCCUCGGUUUGCUGAGCCCAUACCAAACGUGACUGUAGCGCUCGGGAGAGACGCCAGCCUACCAUGCGUGGUCGAACAUUUAGGAAAUUAUAAGGUAGCAUGGAUCCACAUAGACCGUCAGAUGAUCCUCACGAUCCAUCGCCAUGUGAUCACGCGGCUGGCGCGCUUCAGUGUGUCGCACGACAACGCGAUGACUUGGCUGCUGCACGUCAGCCAAGUGCAGCAGGAGGACCGCGGGUACUACAUGUGCCAGGUCAACACCAACCCGAUGAUUAGCCAAGUGGGAUACCUGCAGGUUGUCGUACCACCGAACAUACUAGACGAAGAGAGCACGCAAUCAGCGGUCGCGGUACGAGAGAACCAGAACAUCAGCUUGGUGUGCAAAGCCGACGGGUUCCCCACUCCAAAGAUCAUGUGGCGGAGAGAAGAUGGACAGCCGAUAUCUGUUGAUAGGAGAAAGAAAGUGACGGUAUACGAGGGCGACACGCUGUCACUCCAGAGGAUCAGCCGCACGGAGAUGGGGGCUUACCUCUGCAUCGCAACCAACGCCGUGCCCCCGUCUGUCUCCAAGAGAAUCAUUGUUGACGUUGAGUUUUCACCAAUGAUCUGGGUGCCAAACCAGCUAGUAGGUGCGCCCGCGGGCACCGACGUGACCGUGGACUGCCACACGGAGGCUCAUCCCAGGGCCAUCUCCUAUUGGGUGUAUGAUAAUGUCAUGGUGCUGCCGACGAAGAAGUAUGCUAUCAAUACGGAGGAGAAUUCUUAUAGGGCUCAUAUGAAGUUAACAGUGCGCAACCUCCAGGGCGGCGAUUUCGGAAACUACCGUUGCAUCUCUAAAAACUCCCUCGGGGAGACCGAAGGCUCCAUCAGGCUAUACGAGAUCCCAAUGCCAUCAACGUCUCCAAAGGCAACAGAAAUGAAGAGCACAGCUCACAAAGAAACGGUUACAGGCGUCCGGCGCGCGAACGUAACGCGCGCGGUGCAGCGCGAGGCGACCGCGACGGAGCGGCCGAGCGUGGUGCGCGCGCAACUGGACCGCGCGCCGGACAGGGCGCACGUGUACCGACACCCGCACCACGACUCAGGCACAAGUCAUAUCCAGUGCUGGCGACAAUCGUUCCUGGCUCUCAUCGUACUGGUUCAAAUAGAUUUCAUAUCAGACUUCUUCAUUUGUUAUUGAUAAUGUUAUAGAUGUUUUAUUAGUUUCAAAUUUGUCAGUUACCUGUGGCUAUUCCAAAGAGAAAUAAGUAUUUAGUUUUUAAUAUACCAUUGAAUAAUCUAUCUCAGCUCUAGAUAAAAAUAACAUAUCAUAAAGAAUAGCAGACCCAUAUCUUGUGAAUAUAUCGAGUGAGAAAUUAUAUUUAUAUUUUGGAGAUGAAUUAUCAUUCAAUACGUAGUUAGUAAGUGAUAUUAUAUCGACUAUUACUUCCAAUAUCUUCCCCUUUACUUUACUCUAAGUAUGUUUUGGUCAGAGCUUUAGUAUUCGCUGUACAAUGUACUAUACAAAGUUAAUUAUAUAUUUAGCAAACAAUUUCUAAUAUUAGCUUUAAUUUUGUUGUCGUUAAUUAAACAAUACUUGGCCUCAAUACCUCUUUAAGUGUCUCUAAUGAAGAACAAAUAAGGUGGUUAGUUGAAUUAAGCGCUGCCUAAAUAGUCUACCUAAAUAAACGUUUCGUUUACAAGGUUAGAUAAUUGUGUAGCUUAUUUUUACACGUGGUUUAAAUUAUUUAUUUAAUAAAAAACUUUAUUUAUUGAGUUGAAACACAGUCCUGUUAAAAUUACCAUCAUAUGAGUGAAAUUUUAUGUGAACAUGUAUCGAAUUCGAAGACAUGUCCAAAACAUUGAAAUACUUUAGACAAUUAUUAUAACACAUCCAUCUCCUUUAUUACUUCAUUACCCGCCCCUUUCGUCGUACAAUAUUAACUAGAAUAGUAUUUAAUGAUAUUCAUUGUGAUGCCUCGCUUCGCAUAAAAUUAUUAAUCCCACUCGAACUAUAUGUGCCAAAGAUGUUUUAAUUUUCUAUACGAAUUUACAUUUUAUCUUCCAACUUUAUUUAACGUAAUUUAGUUUAAUUCGUUCAUAAAUAACUUAAAUGUAAUUAAUAAUCAAGCUUGCCCUUCACGCUUGUUGAAUAUUUGUAAAUAUAAAUCUAAAAUUAUUGCACAUAAGAAAAAUACAAUUAUUAUAAAAAUCAUAUCAAUAUUGUUUGUUAAUUUAAUAGACGACGUAUUAAUGUAUAAACUUUUAAGAGAAUGUAUCGAUAGGUUAACAUUUGACUUGUACAAAAGUGCAUGAAUUGUAAAUAACAUCAAAAUAAAUUAGUAUAAAACA